AUGCAUAUGCAUACGAUUUGUCUAUCGGUGCUGGUCGGAAUCUUACCACUACUUAUAGAAGGCUGCCGCGGCCACUUCGCCGCAAGCCGUUACGCCCGCAGGUUCGGAUUUUUACACCCCAUUGGGUUGAAACUAAGAAACGCAAGUAGUACGACUCGUUUGGAUGCAUCAGGGUCGGACGUCAGUGGCGAUGCUUCCCCUGAUUGCUACAGCGACUCCGAGACGUACAAAACGCUCAGCGCAUAUUUCACUGAUCAGGAAAGAAUAGUCGACGAGCAAUCAUUCGGGCGGUUAAAGAACUCGUUUGUGCGCAAGAAAGCUGAUGGAAACGGUUUCAUUCCUCUCUGCUUCAAUUUGGAUGCGUUGAGUGCCGUGCCAGAGGUGUUCCAUGCUAAUUUUCUCUCCCGCGGUGAAGACCAUUGGCAGACACUGCUAAGUAUUAGGAGAUCGUAUUUAGAGAAAGUAGCAAGUGAGGAAGAACUGUCAAGGCUGUCAUUGCGCAGAUCGGAGCUGGCAAAAGCCUUCCACAUUGCCCCGUCAUCAGAUCAGGCGUCGCUGCGGGAAUCCAGUUUAGCGCUACGUAAUGAAACCAAGGCCGUGGAGUUACAUAUUAAAGAGCUGAAUGAGCAGCUUGACUCCUUAAUACGUACGCUGCCAAAUAUAAUUUUGGAGGAUGUGCCCAAAACGGAACUAGUGGUUGAGAAAAUUAGCAUUGAUCCUACACCGUCUGCGACCACUGUCGUCGUCCCGCACCACGAGGUAAUCGAACGAUUCAGUGAUGCAUGCGUUUCGAGAUCAACUAAGAUCAGCGGCACCGGUUUUUCAGCCUACAGCGGCGACAUAAGUCGUCUGGAGCGCGCGUUGUUUAAUUACAUGCUAGACACGCAUCACAAGCUUUUCGGUUACAAGGAGCUGUCAGUACCGUUCGUUGUGAGUGCCAGUGCGUUGCGCGGCACAGGCCACUUGCCGCGAUUCGAGGAGGAUCUCUUUAAAUUAGAUGAGCGCCACCAGUGUAACGGCGAUCGUGGCUAUUUGAUUCCCACCGGUGAGAUACCGCUCUUAGCCUUGUUUGGUAAUAGUCGGGUUCCAGUAGACAAUCUACCUCUGUGGUUGAUGACAUAUACACCAUGCUUUCGGUCGGAGAUCCAGGAUUAUGGCCGUGAAACGCGUGGUCUGAUACGCAAUCACCAGUUUGGCAAGGUUGAGCUGGUUUGUCUGUGCGACUCAACUGGCUCGGAUAAUUUCCACAACUUGAUGUUAUCGCAUAUCGAAUACAUAUUGGAUUCGCUUUCAUUGCCUUAUCGACGGGUUCUGCUGCCUGCGAACCAGCUUGGGUCCACGUCAAGCAAGACUGUGGACUUCGAAGUUUAUUUCCCGUCGUUGAGAAAGUACAUCGAAGUUUCGAGCUGUAGUAACACAUUGGACUUUCAAUCCAAUCGAUUGAAUGUGUUCAGCACCUCCCGAUCAAGGAUCCAUUGCAUAAACGGUUCCGGCGUCGCCAUUGGGCGCACCCUUUCGGCCAUUCUGGAAAACCACCAAAGCGUGGGCGCCAACGAACGCCUGGAGAUUACUGUGCCUCAGGUGUUGACACCUUAUCUCAACGGUGACCACAGAUUAUUGGAGCCGCUGCCAUGA